UAAAAAGGCACCCUGUCUGAGUGAACACUCAUUUUCAUUUUGACUUACGGAAUACACCGCCUUGCGAAAUAUACCUGAACUGCAAGCAUUUUGACCAUAACAACAAAGAUGGCCUCCUGUGCGAAACAUUGCGUAGCCUACCUGUUCCUUCUAGGAGUUCUAUCUGUUCCUGCGGCGUCAGUCUACACCCUAACGGACCAGGGCGGGUUGGGGUCGAGGUUUGACGGGGUUGGAGGCCUGAGCGGUGGAGGAGCGACCUCGCGCCUCCUGGUGAGCUACCCCGAGCCGUACCGGUCCCAGGUCCUGGACUACCUGUUCAAACCCAACUUCGGGGCGGCGCUGCAGAUUCUCAAAGUGGAGAUAGGAGGAGACGCUCAGAGCACGGACGGCAGCGAGCCGUCGCACAUGCACAGCGCAGACGACCAGAACUACACGCGCGGGUACGAGUGGUGGCUCAUGCGGGAGGCCAAGAAGCGCAACCCGGGCAUCAAACUGUACGGGCUGCCCUGGGCCUUCCCGGGGUGGGUGGGGGGUGGGGAGCCCUACCCAGACCCAGAACUAACAGCAGAAUACGUCAUCAACUGGAUCCUUGGCGCCAAAAGGGUCCACGGCCUGACCAUCGACUACGUGGGCAUUUGGAACGAGAAGGAAUAUGACGUCACCUACAUCAAGACUCUAAGGAAAACGUUGGACGACAAUGAUCUGGGUCACGUGAUGAUCGUGGCCGCGGACGGCGAUUGGCUGAGGAUUUCUGAAGACGUCAUGGCGGAUCCUGAGCUGGCCAAGGUGGUGGAUACCAUUGGUGCGCACUAUCCGGGGACUAACAGUAUACCAAUGGCGCGACAAACUGGGAAACCCCUAUGGGCUUCAGAAGACUACAGUACCUUCAACGACCCCAAGGGAGCCUCGUGUUGGGCACGCAUCCUCAACCAGAACUACGUCAACGGUCACAUGACCAGCACCAUCGCCUGGAAUCUCGUCGCCAGCUACUACGAUAACCUGCCGUACCCGCGAGAUGGUCUGAUGACAGCCAACCAGCCCUGGAGCGGUCACUACGAGGUCAGUGACCCCAUAUGGGCGACCGCUCACACCACCCACUUCACCUCUCCCGGCUGGCAGUACCUGAACGGCGUCGGUCAUCUGGACGGCGGGGGGAGCUAUGUGGCCUUGGCUGACGGAAAGGGAAAUCUGACGAUCGUCAUAGAGGCUAUGAGUCACCAGUAUUCCAAAUGCGUCCGCCCCCUUCUCCCGCCAUACUCUGUCGCUCCGACACAGAUUGUCAAUUUCAGGCUAGGUGGCGCUUUUGAGAAAAUCACACACCUGUACGUUUGGUUUUCGAAAUUCGUCGGCAACUCCACCGCUCGGUUCGAGAGAAGAGAUCCCCCCAUCAAGGUCACGGGAGGCCAUUUCUCUGUAGAGGUCAAAGAGAAUUGUUUGUAUACUUUAACCACAAUACAGAAGGUUCGAAAUACUCCCACAAAUUACCCAGACUCCCCUGCGUCGGCGCCGUUCCCACUUCCAUAUAAGGACAACUUUGACGGACCAGCGAACUCCAGUGAGGCCCGGUACUUCGCAGACCAGACAGGGGUGUUUGAACUCUUUGUGAACGACAGCAGUCCGGAUCACGUGGGAACGAUGAGGCAAGUCGUCACAGAGAGGCCGAUCUUCUGGUGCAAGAAAGGUCCCACAGAUUCACCAAUCAGCGUCGUCGGGGACCACAAUUGGACCGACGUCACAGUCAGUUGCGAUGUCCUGGUGGAACGGCAAGGGGGCGCUUUUGUGGCGGCGCGAGUGGACCGCGGGGGUUGCGUCAUCAAGGACGCCCUCGGCUUCUUCCUCUGGGUGUUUGCAGACGACACUUGGGCGCUGUCGUACGACCUCGCGCUGAAAAACAUCGUGAAAGCAGGGAAACUAAACGCCACAGUAGUCGGACAAUGGCAUCGGUUGGAUCUUUAUUCAAAAGGGGACACCGUGAAAGGGUCGGCAAAUGGACAAGUGCUGUUUGAAUUGAAAACCGGACCGCUUCCCAUCAAGAAAGGAUUCGCCGCCAUUGGGAGCCUGGAUUUCAAACAUGUACAGUUUGAUAACUUUGUAGUCGACAGGACAAAGUAACGUGGACAAUAUACAAGCAUUGUAGAUGAGAAAAAUAUUGAAUAAAACAA